CGUAGCAGCUGUGGUGGUGGAGGUGGUGGAGGUGGUGGAGGUGGCCGAUUUGUUGACGUUGCGAGUUUGAAAGCUUUCAAGCGUUUUGUUAUUUGACGUGGACAAGUGUGUUCUGGGCCUCUAGUUCUGUGUGGCGUCCUGUUGUGCGCGCACAGCCCCCCGUUGGUUGAGCGGUGGCACGGAAGGCUGCCGUGGGUGGUGGUCGUGGUGGUGGCUUUGUGGUGGGGCGAGAGUUAAAUCGGCGUGGGGUUUGGCCAUAGGACUUCGUCGUAACGUAGGACGUGGCGAUUCCAUUUCGAAGGACACGGGAUUAAUCCGAGAGAGGCGACGCAGCUUUGGGGUUUCUGUCCAGGUGUAGUCGUCUGUUGGCGGGUUGAUUAGUGCCGUUUUGUGCAAUGCCAUCUUUAAUUUCGUACGUGAAGUAAAUAAGUGAUACGUUUUGCAUGUGUAAAUAUACAGCUCCGUAGUGCAUCGGUUUUGUUGUACACAUGGCAGAGGCGGUCGAGGAAAAAGAGGUAGGGCGUGACAUGGAGGAAGGUUUAGAUGAAGCUGGGUCUAAGGAAGGUAUGGAUGAAGGUGAGGCUAAGAAGGCAGGUUUAGAUGGUGAGGCUAAGGAGGCAUGUUCAGAUGAAGGUGAGGCUCAGGGGGAAUGUUUAGAUGAAGGUGAGGCUAAGGAGGCAUGUUUAGAUGAAGGUGAGGCUCAGGGGGCAUGUUUAGAUGGUGAGGCUAAGCAGGUAUGUUCAAAUGAUGGUGAGGCUAAGGAGGUAUGUUUAGAUGAAGGUGAGGCUAAGAAGGCACGUUCAGAUGAAGGUGAGGCUAAGAAGGCAGGUUCAGAUGGUGGGUCUCAGGAUGCAAAGUCCAAGGAUGCCGAUAAUACCGAGGCUAAGACUGUGACUGCAGCGUCCGGCAAUGAACCGUCAUUCGAGAAGAGGCCUUUUGAUAAAAGACUCCAAGAUUUGGCGGAUACGGAACCUAUUAAGCGUUUCUACACUUGUAAAUGUUUCUACUCGAAGAACAUCUUCGUGCCCGAGUACGAAAUGUUCGUGACGUUCACGACCAAGGCGGCGUUCUGGCGACAAUACAGCUCGUAUUUUGUGAGUAAAGGUUGCAACUCGGAAAAGUUCACGAACAUCGUAAAAAACAUUGAGGAUGAAAUAAAACGGCGUAAGUCUCUCGGAAAAAAAUACCUGGAAAAUAAGAGAACCAUACGGCAGUUGUACAAGCCCCUCCAUCCUCACAUAUACAAACUACAGCCCUCUUUUCUGGCUCCGGAAUUCCGGGAGUUGGUGGAGUACUGCAAAUCUAAUGAUGCCUGCUUCGAUGGGAUCCUGCAGCGAGUCCAAGAAGUUCAAGCCGAUCGCGUGUACGUCUUCCCUGUAUUCACGGAGGAUUUCUGUCGCAAUUUCUUGGAAGAGCUGCAGCAUUUUGAGUCGAGCGACAUGCCCAAGGGCAAACCAAACAGUAUGAACACUUGCGGGGUGAACCUGGAUGAGCUUGGCUGCGACGAGGAGCUGAUCUCCCCGCUGCGGGAAGACUACCUGCGUCCCAUCACUGCACUGCUCUACCCUGACAAGGGUGGCAGCUCGCUUGACUCUCACAAGGCGUUCAUUGUCAAGUACACGUCUGAGAUGGAGCCUGGGCUCUCCCAGCAUUUUGACAACGCAGAGGUUACGCUCAACGUAUGCCUCGGAAAAGACUUCACUGGAGGGAACCUGUUUCUCGCCGACAUGAGGGAGGAACAAGGGGAAGAAUCCGUGGAGGUUGGUCACCGCAGGGGCUACGGCAUCUUGCACCGGGGUCAGCAAAUGCACGGCGCAAAGCCCAUCACGGCUGGCGAGCGCCUCAACCUCAUCCUGUGGAUGCGUUGCUCGUACCUACGCAACAAAAAGUGCCCGAUGUGCAAUGAGCUGCCCGUCCUGCAGGAGACUGAUGGGUUUGGAGAUGGCUUCACAAAAGAGCCGUCACAAAUGAAUUUCUGCAGCCUCGCGUGAUUUGUAGAACUAUGAAAAGCAAAACACUUGCAUACAAAAUGCUCGGUAUAUUUUUAGAUUGUUGGUCAUGCACUAUAUUAUUAGUUUGUGUACCAGCCACGGUGGGUAACCUUUUUGCACUGCAAUGUAUUGCUGUAAUAAGAUGUAUUUAUGGCAUCGGAUGCCCCUAAAAAUGUUUAAGACGUGUACCAUGUGGCUUAAACACUGCCAAUGCAAUAUUGUCAUGGAGAGGAGGAAGAUUUUUUUUGAAAACCAAGUCUGGAACUUUAUUCACGUUGGUCUCGAGCAUGCAUCAGUUCUGGUUUGAAGUGUCGAAUUUUGUGAUUCACGAUUGAAUAAAUAUAAGCAAAUACAAAAUUU